AUGAGGGAAAUAGAUGAUAUACUACAGGAGAUACAUGAUCUAUCUUUGAAUAAGGUUGAUCUUCCUCCUGAUACUCAAACAAAGUUUCAGUUUCCGUCAGUUACGGAAGAAGAGGAAAUUAACGAUCUUAAAAAACAGUACUUAACUCCAUCUGACCAGAUUCCUCCGGAUUUGUUGAAGGAAUUCCUAAUAAUACCAGAUGAAUCAGAUCAGAAGCUCAAGUUUUAUCAGGCACUGGUAAAGAUACCACCGUUUAUGGAUAGAACCAAAAUAAAAUUCAAGAGAAAGGGUAUCGAGGGAAAAAUUGUUGGAUAUGAAGAGGCCUUAGAUCUUUCAGGAGAUAACCUAACUAGUAGUAACUCUUUCAGUCUUCAUAGAAAGCCAGCGGAAAAUGGAUCUUCGAUACGAGGACAAACUACUAAUUUGCCUUUCCUGCCUGGUGGCUUAGUUAGCAAAGCAGUGAAAGACACAGAGUCUAUCAACAACCUAUUGCAUAGAGAUGAUCAGGGCCUUUUCGAUAUCCCCUUGGGAUUUGAGAGAGGUCUCCAAUUAGAGAAGGCGGGUGAUACAGAAUUGGUUGAUGAGUUAUCUAAGUUACCAGAGUCUAAUGAGGAAACUUUGGAGAAUCAAAUACCAUCCGGCGAUGUCGAAUUACUAGACCCCGAGACACUUGAGGAAGAUGCCAUCCAAGAAGGUGAUGAAAUCGAUGCCUUAUUACCUUCUGAUAUUAGCUUUAGCAAGAGGCCGAAAACAGAACGGCCGCAAGCCGCUCGGCAAUGGGCCCACCUUGUGGAUUUGGAUCACAAAUUAGAAAAUUUCCACGAGCUGGUACCAAACAUGGCACGGACUUGGCCAUUUGAACUUGACACAUUUCAACAAGAAGCAAUCUAUCAUCUUGAGAAAGGUGAUUCAGUUUUCGUUGCUGCGCACACAUCUGCUGGGAAAACAGUUGUUGCAGAAUAUGUGAUUGCCAUGGCCAAUAUAAAUAUGACAAAGGCAAUUUAUACUUCGCCUAUCAAAGCUCUGAGCAAUCAAAAAUUUCGUGAUUUCAAGCAUGAUUUUGAAGAUAUUGAUGUCGGUUUGAUUACUGGUGACGUUCAGAUCAACCAAGAAGCAAACUGCUUGAUUAUGACAACUGAAAUAUUAAGGUCCAUGUUGUACAGAGGAGCAGACGUGAUCCGUGAUGUGGAAUUUGUCAUUUUUGAUGAGGUUCAUUAUGUUAAUGACAUUGACAGAGGGGUGGUUUGGGAAGAAGUUAUUAUUAUGCUGCCAGAACAUGUCAAAAUUGUCAUGCUCUCUGCUACUGUGCCUAACACCAUGGAGUUUGCCUCAUGGGUUGGAAGAACUAAGCAGAAAGAUGUUUACGUUAUAAGCACUCCAAAAAGACCUAUUCCUUUGGAAAUUUUUGUGUGGGCAAAAAGCGAUCUUUUUAAAGUUGUUGAUUCUAACAGGAACUUUUUGGAGAAGAACUUUCAAGCCCAUAGUGACGUUUUAGUGAAGCCUAAAAAGGAGGUCACAGGUUCCCAGGCCGGUAACCGAGGGGGCCGUGGAAAUGCUAGAGGUGCUUCUAGAGGCGGUAGAGGGUCUAGUUCUACUGUUUCCUCUCGUGGAAGAGGAGGUAGUGCCAAUGUGGGUACCAGAUUUACAAAAAGAGAUGGCCCAAACAAAAAGACUUGGACUAAUCUUGUUCAGUAUUUAAGAUCCCAUGAUCUUCUUCCUUCGGUAAUCUUUGUGUUUUCCAAAGCUAGAUGUGAAGAGUACGCUGAUAGUCUUCAAGGUGUCAAUUUCUGUACUGGUUCCGAAAGAUCCCGUAUUCAUAUGUUCAUUGACAAAGCAGUAUCUCGACUUAAAAAAGAAGACAGAGAGCUUCCUCAAAUUAUGAAGAUGCGUGAAAUGUUAAGUAGAGGUAUUGCUGUCCAUCACGGUGGAUUAUUGCCAAUAAUGAAGGAAGUGAUUGAAAUUUUAUUUGCAAAAACUUUAAUCAAAGUGCUAUUUGCCACUGAAACUUUUGCAAUGGGGUUAAAUCUUCCAACUAGAACAGUGGUUUUCUCAGAACUACGGAAGCAUGACGGAACGGGGUUCAGAAAUUUACUUCCCGGCGAGUUUACGCAAAUGUCAGGAAGAGCCGGACGACGUGGUCUGGAUACUACUGGAACUGUCAUUGUUAUGUCUUAUAAUGAACCCUUGGAGUCCAAACCAUUCCAGCAAAUUACCCUUGGUGUUCCUACAAAACUUGUGUCUCAAUUCAGGUUGACAUAUAACAUGAUUUUAAAUCUUCUAAGAAUUGAAGCUUUGAGGGUGGAAGAAAUGAUCAAACGUUCAUUCAGUGAAAAUACUACCCAAAGCGGCUUGAAAGAGAAUGAGAAAGAAAUUAUAGAACUGCAGAAGAAGAUAGCAGAGAUCAGCCAAGCGGGAUGUCAAGAAUGCGAUCCAGCCAAAUUAAAAGAAUUUUCGACUGCAAUAUGUGAUUACACGAAACUGACUGGUGAGUUAAUUCGACUUUCUUUGGAAAUUCCACUUCACCGUAAGAGGUUCAGAAGAGGCAUGCUCUUUAUUUAUACGGAUGCUGAUGGUUUUCCGGCUCCUGCCUUUUUGUAUGACAUCAAGAUGUCAGACUCUCUGUUCGUGGCUCUUGUCUUUGACAUAGAAAGAUGUGAGGAGAACAACACUGGACUUCCAUAUAUCCCCGAGUCACCAUCUUUUAUCAAGAACACGAUUCCGAAAUGGAAAUUCAAAGGUAAUUUCAGAUUUACAACAAUUCCCUUCAACAAAGUUCAGUACGUAACAAGGUUUGUCCUGCAAGUUUUGUUGAAAUCAAUCAUUCGAAUGGAGCCUGAAUCAAUAGAGAAAGCUGAAGAGCAAAUACUCCAACUGCUUCAUUUUUACAAGAAGUUUGAAGAGUACAAUUGGUCUGCAUCUCUCACCAUUCCUCAAAAUGAUCUCUAUAAAAAGAUACAAGACUAUAGAAAGAUCAUUGCCAAUGCGCCAGUCAUUCAGUGCCCUUCGUUGAGAGAACACUAUAUUCAAAUCAAAGACUUAGAUAGCUUGAGAUCGAGGUUGAUAACUUUGAAGUCCCUUGUUUCAGACGACAACAUGACCUUACUACCAGAUUACGAACAAAGAUUAAAAGUACUAAACGAACUUGAAUUUGUCGAUGAUCACUUGAAUGUUGUACUGAAGGGAAGGAUUGCCUGUGAAAUUAACUCAGGAUGGGAGCUGGCUCUGACCGAACUACUGCUGGAUAAUUUCCUGGCUGAUUUUGACCCAGAAGAGAUUGUAGCUUUACUUAGUGCGUUUGUUUAUGAAGGUAGAACUCGGGAUGAUGAAGAGCCAGCAUUAACUCCCCGACUUGAAAAGGGAAAAGCAAAAAUUAGAGACAUCGUGAGCCAUCUUUUAGAGAUAUUUCAAGACAAGCAAGUCUCCUUGAGUGCUGAAGAAGAGUCAUUUUUGGAAGCAAAACGUUUCAAUCUGGUUAACGUCGUCUACGAAUGGGCAAAAGGAACUUCUUUCAGUGACAUUAUGAAACUCUCAUCUGAAGCUGAGGGCACAAUUGUUAGAGUUAUUACCAGAUUAGAUGAAGUUUGCAGAGAGGUGAAAUCUGCUGCAUUAAUUAUUGGUGAUUCAGCAUUGCAUGAUAAAAUGUCUGAGGCCCAAGAAAAGAUAAAAAGGGACAUUGUAUUUUGUGCUUCCCUUUAUCUCUAG